AUGGUGAGUAGCGACUCGAUCAACCCCGCCUUCCAUGCCCAACCGGCGGUCAUGGUUGGUGGUCAGAGGCGCCGGGCCACUCGCCGGGCCAGUGUACCGCGCUCCAACACUGUACCAGCUUUCGGUCCUAGUUCCACUGUACCGUUAAACAACCUUGCGGGUGGCAAUAUCACAGGAUCAUCUGUCGAUCAAGGAACAUCGAUGACGGCGUCGCUUCUGUCGGGACCUGUUAACUCUAUGAAUCCCACUUGGACACCCACCAGCAGCUACGCAGACAAGAUUCGCCCUUCCUCCGCUUCGCACUCGUCCGAUGGCUCCACGAGUAUGCUAGCCGCUCCGUCACCCACACUUACAGCAGCAAGCACAUCGACAACAUCGAAGGAGAGCAAGAAGAAACAUGGCAUAUUCAGCGGCCUCAUACCAAAGGGCCUGAACCGCCCCAAUAAGUCCGAGCCAGAACUUCCUCCGCAGACGCCGGUAAAGGCUGUCCGGUUUCUCGGUGAAAAGGCUGGUAUUGAUGGGAGCCAUGACCCUCCGGUAGGGAAGACGCUUCACAGGCAGAGAUCAUCACCCUUACUUACAAUGUUCAAGGACAUUGCUGCAGGCCAGUCGAAGCCCAAUGAGCAAAGCAUUGAGUCUGAUCCGCAAAAGUCCAAGGGCUCAUGGGGCAACCGUAAAAAGGCUAUGCAAAUGUUAGGCCUAGGCUCGUCUCUGGGGUCCAGCUCUAAGAUUGAAACGGAAGAAAAUGACGUGGCAGGUUAUUCAGGAAAAGAUGCUAAGCAAUGUCACAGCAGCGAGCCUGAUAUUGAAACCCUCUCUCCUUUAUCACACGAAAAUGCUCGCCCGGUAGUCGAAGCAUCCAACCGACGCUCGCGCAAGAAGGCUCCUAAGCCGGUCGAUAGAAUGACGCCGAUUACGGAGACCUCGCACGACGGGCUGCGUGAUUCUUUUGACAGCGGCUGGGCGCUCAAUUUAAUAGCAGAGUAUGGCCCUGAUUCCCCCAAAUCAUCAUCACCUGAUAAUGCGUUUACUAAAAGCCUUGACUCACACAGUGCCAAGUACAAGCUGGGUGACGGCGAUCUCUCAUCAACGGACGAGACUAUCAAAGAAGAAGUUGAUAUUGACGGUCUGCUCAUGCACCCCGGCGACAAGGUCGAUAUUGAAACCGAAGAGUGCCAGCAUCCGCAUGGACUGCAUCUUCGAGGUCCUCUUCAGACGAUUGAAGAUCGCCUUCUCAGUGCGACAGAGGCACAACUCAAAGCGACAAAUGCACAGCUCGAUGCUUACAAGAACCUGCUAGACAUGAACGAUUGGCAGCGACGCAUCACAGACGCUGCUGUUACGAAGAUGAAAGCAGAGCACGAGGCUUUCAAGGAAGAGUUCGCCAAAACAACACGAGACUGGUCGUUGGAGCGAGAGAGGCCCGGAAAGAAGGGAAGCGGUGACGACGAUGAUUUACCCUCAACUCGCAGCAGCAUUGAUCUUGAUGAGGUGCCAACAGUGCAUAUCGCUACCGCCAUGCCCAUCAUGGUUGUCAAGCCAGGAAUGGUCAAGCUCGUUGACAUUCCGCCGAGGAGGAAAAAGCCUGACGUUCCAGUUGAAACGGUCGCUUCUAAUGCCAAGGUCGCCCCUGCAGCCAUGAAGGGUCCAGCCACGUCCAAGCACGUUCAGUCCCCAUCCAACGAGAUCCAGCUGCCCCUCCAAGCGGUCCAUCACUUCCAGCCUGGAGCGAUCAUCAAUUCUUUCGGUGAAUUUGAGGGCAAAAAGCCUGUUGCCAUGUCUGGCCCCCCUCUUCCCGCCAAGGGCCUCAACCGUCUAGAUAAGGAGAAGCAACCAGAUAUGCUCCGUGGGGAAUCACAGAUGCAUCUUCAGGACUGGGUAUCUGCCUACGAACCUGCUACACGUCAGCAUCUACCCGCACACAUCGAUACGGACAAGUUAGUCGAUCAGGCAAUUCCCCCACCACCCUUACCCAAAGACGAUGAUCCUGUGUCUCCAGCUCCCCCACCUAAAGACCCCGCUACGUCCCCACACCCUCCCAGGUCGUCGUCCAAGUACCACGCUACUUCCCCACAUCCUGUUAGAUCGUCGUCUAAGGAGCACCAUUGUAUCACGAAUGGCCAUAUCUUCUGCUCCACUAACCUCAAAAAUGUCCCUGACGAGGCUUGCUUCAACAGUCUAGAAGUCCGCCCGUAUCUCCAUACCCCUGGUGGCAUUAAGCAACACGUUCACAUACCCGUGCUGUGCGAUAGAUGCGAUGAAGACGUCCGAGGUGAGCUUUGGAAGUGCUCAAUACCGACUUGUUCUAUGAGCGUAUGCAAGGGGUGCGCUGAAGACAUGAAGCGUGAGUGGGUUGAGCGUGUUACCACACCCACAGCCUAG